AUGAGCUUCCAGCAGGGCACGGCGUACGCCGAAUCCGACGCCGACGAUGAGUACGAGCGCGACAUCCACGACAGCUCCCCGAUCGAUGCCACCGAAUCCGAACUUUCUCCCACUGAGACCGAUAUACCAUCCGCCGAACACACGCCCACCACGUACGGUUACCAUAGCAGCGCCGAUCGGCUACCCGAAACGAUCAUCACCGACUGGAGCGCCGAGGAGUGUGCUGAUUUUAUAGCCACGAUUGGUCUACAGCAAUAUGCAGAUGGGUUCAUCGAGAACGAGAUCGUUGGCGAGGCGCUUGUUGCCCUACUACACGACGAUCUGAAGCAAAUGGGCAUCAACAGUGUCGGCCACCGCUUGACAAUCCUCAAGAGUGUCUACGAAGUCAAGAAGGCUCAAGAGGUCCCGAUAGAGAGCGACCACUAUGUCCCUCUAACCGCCGAAACUGAAGCGCAAGCCACCAUGGCCACACUGAAGGACAUCAAGCACCUCGUCGAGCAGCUGCGCUUACGAGACGAGCGCAUGAGCCUAUUCGAGCAGGACUACCGACGUCUAACAGAUGACUUCCGCCGUUUGCGCGAAGAUGUCCUGCCGGCUCUGCGUCUCGUCAAAGAUGCCCAACAACCGCUGCCGCAUGUGAACAGCAAUGGCAGCACCACCACCACCGCCAACAACGAUCAGUCCUAUCCCUUUGAAGCCAUCAUUUCUCCUCCCGUACCAACGCCUCAAUCCGGCACACAGUCCAUCAAUAUCAAGCGCCAGUAUUCGACCCGGAAAAUGGUCCCGACAGGGACGACACCGAAAACCACAUCUCCCACACACCUCCAAAUCUCGCACGAUCGGAUGAUCGCCGAGCAAACUCUCGAUCCUGCCAAUGCCGCCGAACGUGCCGUGCUCUCCUCGCAACACCUGGCCGCGGCAAAUGGCAACGGCCAGACCGCCUCCUCACCAUCAUACCCCUCGCCCAAUAUACCAUCUCCAACAUCUCCGCCCAUCUCCAUGAACGGAACUACGCUCGCCUCCCGCUCCUACCGCUCCGACCAACCUACUCCAUCCGGUCGUUCGACCUUUGCCGAGAGCGACCACGCCUACAACUCCUCAUCUCGUGACAAGCACACCGGCGCACCACGGCGGAUGCAGACUCCUGCUCCCGACACGCCUGGCAGCAAUGCAUCCGUGGAGAUUUUCAAGUCAUUCCGCGUGAGCAUGGAUGACCCUUGCUACAAGGUCCUGCCGGCUGCCCUACGACGCUAUCAGAUCAACGCACCUCCCGACCAGUACGCGCUGUAUAUUGUGUAUGGUGACCAAGAGCGGUGCCUGGCCUUGAACGAGAAGCCGCUGAUCCUCUUCAAGCAGCUGGAUAAAGAAGGCAAGAAGCCAAUGUUUAUGCUUCGGAAGACGGCAAAUGCGCCAGCGGAUGGACCAACAGAUGUGCCGGGCAGUGCAGGCCUGAAUGCAGCGGCUCGGGGGACGUCAACUGCCUAUGACCCGCCGGGUGGUAUCAUAUGA